UGCUGCAGGUGUGGCUUAUACAGAUAUAAUUAGGUGGUGCUAGCAUGCGGCAGUCAGUGUCAGUGAAGUGAAACAAGUGGUGCUAGGUCGUCCAUUAACGUAGCUGUACAUCAACACUUGCUGUUUGUGGUGUAGAGAUGCAAUGUUCAAGAAAACGAGAUGGCAAACAUGAAUCAAAUGAUCAGAGGCAGAAAAAGAGUGAAAACAGAAGUUCCAAAAAACAUGAAACCAAGGACGACAGGAGACAUUCCAGAAAAAGUAGAAGUCCAUUGAGACCUCCUCCGGUCAGAUCAGAAGUAAUGUUCAGACCUCGGUUUGGGAGACCGUUUUUCAAAGCCAGGUAUUUUAGAAAAGAAGAACCCUUUUUCAGAACACCAGGAUUCCGUUGUAGGUUCCAAAGACCAGUAAGAUCACAGAGAUGCAUGUCUCCUAAAAGACCACAUGCAACAUCCCCAUCAACUGCCAACCACUGUGAUUUAAAGAAAGAUAGUAAAUGUGCUUCAGAGCAGUUACAAGAUCUGACAGGAAACAUGUUAUCUCCAAACAAAAAUAAUAAGAGUCUGGAGUCUAAUUUCUCAGUUAAGGAACAGAUGUUCCAGCAGGUUUCACCUGGCAUCAAAGAGCCUUCCUCUUUGGUGGCCCGCGCUGCUUUGCGUAACAGAGCCAUUCAGCAAAAGAGGAAAGAAAUCGAAGAGGUAUACAAGCAGGACUGUGAGACAUUUGGAAUUGUGGUAAAAAUGUUGAUUGCAAAGGACCCUUCUCUGGAGCAGUCAGUCCAGUUUUCUCUACAGGAAAAUCUCAAGGAAAUCGGAUUCCGGUGUGUUGAGGCAAUGCAGGACUUCAUUUGUGAUUAUGACUCAAGGUGUCCCAACAUAACUACACAGCACUAGUCUUAAUGUAGUUAUAUACUGUACAUACUAUAAUUAGGCUUGCUACUAUUUGAUAAAUUUUAUUUUUUGCCAAAUUGACUAUUAAUAUCGACGUUUAUUGUUGGAAGAAUUUACCGUUUUUGUAUGCCAUUGAGAAACGUCUCAUUUAGCGAACUCCCUUUAUCAUAUUCAGAAUGCAACAAAACCAUGGUUACCAACAUUCUCAUUGAAAUAACAUAUGGUCAUAGCGGAGCUAUACCUUGUAUAGACAAAGAUCCUACACAAAUUAAAAAAAUGGUCUCAAAUAAGCCGUAGAAAAUAUAAAAGUGUAUUACACAGACUUUUAUAGCACAGAUUUACAGCUUGCACUCAGUUCACAGCCUAGCAAUGUAAAGUGCUUUGUGAUGGUGGUCCACUAUGAAAGGCCCUAUAUAAAAAUAAAGAUUAUUAUUAUUAUUAUUGUCCAGAGUCUAAGCUUCACUCCUCUCUUGCUUCAGCAUAGCUGGACUCACUGGAAUCAAGACUGCCAUCGAUUAGGGUAUUGUGCACAGACUUAUUAAGUGUUUUCCUCUUGCGCCCCAUUUACAAGUCAAACUAGUAACUCUCACCAUAUAUACCUAUAAUAGCAAAAGUUACCUACACUUUAACCCUCUAAUUUCAAUGUAGGCGCUUUGAAUGACAGGCACUGUAGCUGGCAAAUGAACGUGCACAGUUGGUGCAGGUUUGAUUG